GCGGGGAGGAGGACGGGAGGAGAAGCGGGAGGGGGGGAAGGGAUCAGAUCAGCCCACGAGCCUCGAACACGCGGUCCACGCUCUUCCUUGCACUCCGCUCCACCGUCCCCCGAGUCAUCCCGACACCUGGUCCUGAGCGGGACGGAGGAAGGAGCCCACCUGUGAGCGCCACCUGUGAGGUGCACGUCUCUUGCCGUAUUGCUGCGUCUCACCGCGGGGAUGUGGUGGGCCCCUCUUGGAGGUGCCCUCAGCGGUGUCCUGCUGGCGCUGGCGCUGGAGGUCGCGGCCGGUGCAGACGUGGGCUUCUACCCCCGCUUCAACCCCUUCUUCUUCCUGUGCACUCACCACGGCGAGCUGGAAGGGGCCGGGGUGGCAGAAGGCGGGGCAGACGUGCUCCUCACGAUGCAGAUUGUGGGAAACCCCAGCACCUACACCCCCGGCCAGGAGUACCAGGUGACGAUCUCCACCAGCACGCACUUCGAUGGACUGCUGAUCACAGGACUCUACACCUCCGCCACCAUCCAGUCGGCUCCCAUCCCACCUCCUGCUGCCUUUGGGUUCGGUGUGGUCCCCGAGCGGCAGUUUGGGAGCCAGUUUGUGUGCAGCGUCGUGGCAUCCCACGUCAGCCACCUGCCCUCGACCAGCCUCAGCUUUGUGUGGAUUGCGCCCCCGCCUGGCACUGGCUGCGUUAACUUCCUGGCCACAGCUACGUAUCGAGGACAGAUACUCUUCAAGGACGCCCUGGCCCAGCAGCUGUGUGAGCAGGGAGCUCCAACGGAGUCGCCGCUGAGACCACGUCUGGCGGAAGUCCACCAGGAUCACGUUGUCCUUCGCGAUGACUUUGACUCCAACCAGCAGGGUCCUCUCGAUGCGAGCAUGUGGUUAGAGUGCGCAAACUGUGAGGUUGGGGAACAGUGUGGGAUCCUGAUGCACGGCAGAGCGGUGACGUUCUGUGAACCCUUUGGACCAAGAGAGCUGACCACCGUAGCCCUCAACACCAGCAUGGCUUCAGUCCUGCAGUUUUCCCUGGGUUCCGGCUUGUGCCGCUUCAGUUAUUUGGACCCCAGCAUCGUUGUCUCCUUCAGUGCAAAUGGUUCUGAUGGCUGGACCACCUUGGAGAGGAUCAGGGCCCCCAUCAACAGCAGCACGGUGGUGCACCUGCUUCCCCUUCCUGCCCAAGCCAGAGGGGAUGGAGUACGUCUUCGAUGGGCCCAAGAACCCCCUGCCGGACCGGAGGGCUACGAGUCCUGCUGGGGGGUGGACAACGUCCUCCUGGUGAACAUGGCUCACAGACCCCCACUGCUGGAGGAGGGCUUUGACCCCCUUGAUACUGCCAACUGGCUCUUUUUCCCUGGGGCCACAGUUAAGCAUGCCUGCCAAUCUGAGGGCAAUGCCCUCUACUUCCACGGUGGAGAUGGGGCGGGACACAGUUUUGCUUCCACUCGGGAUAUUGACCUGCAUCGCGAGGAGGGGAGGAGCUACUGGGAUGAAGAGUUUGAGACUCCAGUCACUGGAUGGGACGUUGAAGGUGCUGUGUAUGGGACGCAGUGCGGAGAGGUGGAGUCUGGUUCUGCGCUGGUCUUCCUGCGGGACGGAGAGAGGAGGGUUUGCACCCCAAACCUGGACACCACCUCCUACGGCAACCUGCGCUUCCACUUCACCAUGGGGGGAGAGUAUUGCGACCCAGGAGAGUCCCAUGAGAAUGAUGUGAUCCUUUUCGGCCAGUCAGAGGGCCAGAGGGAGCGUGUGAUGCUGGACACCCUGCCUUAUUCCUCCUACCGGACCCCCUCAGUGGUGUCAGUGGCUCUUCCUACAGCGCUGCAGACACCCGUGACCCGGUUCUGCCUGGAGCAGCGCAGCCACGGGGGCGCGCGUCGCCACGUCUGGGCCGUGGACUUCCUGCAGCUGCUGCCGGCGCUGCCCAGCGCCCACACCCACGUGGCCCAGUUCUCCAUCAACCUGGGCUGCGGCUCCUACCAGCCGGCCAACAGUGUGAGUCUUGAGUUUUCCACCAACCACGGCCGCUCCUGGUCCCUUUUGCACACCGAGUGUCUCCCUGAACUGUGCACUGGGCCCCACCUGCCCCACAGCACCGUGUACUCCUCCGACAACUACAGCGGGUGGACUAGGAUAUCCAUUCCCUUGCCCAACGCAGCGCUGACGGACAGCACACGUUUCCGCUGGAAACAGACCGGUCUGGGCGUAGGGAACAUGUGGGCCAUUGACAACGUGUACAUCGGUCCAUCCUGCCUGCGCUUCUGCUCUGGCAGAGGACACUGCUCAAAGACCGGCUGCAGGUGUGACCCAGGUUUCAGUGGGCCGGCAUGCGAGCUGGCCUCUCAGACCUUCCCGGCCUUCCUGUCGGAGAGCUUCUCCAGCGCUCGGCUCUCCUCCUACCACAGCUUCUCGUCGCUGCGUGGGGCUGAGGUCAGCUUCGGCUGUGGAGUCCUGGCCGCCGGCAAGGCUCUGGUCUUCAACCGGGAUAGCCGCAGGCACCUGGUCACCGCACCGCUGGACAGCUCCCAGGCCAGGUAUCUCCAGUUCACCCUGAGGUUGGGGAGUCGCAGCACCCUGAGUUCCUGUCCUGCCCCUGACCAACCAGGAGAGGGCGUCCUGCUGCACUACUCUGCUGACAAUGGCAUCACGUGGACACUACUCGAACAUUACUCCUACCAGGGGUUUCAUGAGCCUAGGAUUAUUUCCGUUGAGCUCCCACCAAGUGCUCGCCGCUUCGGGGUACAGUUCCGCUGGUGGCAGCCGUAUCACUCAGGCCGUGGGCGGGACGUGUGGGCGCUAGACGAGAUCUCCAUGACCUCCGUUCUCUUCAACACCAUCAGCCUGGACUUUGGCAAUGUGCUGGAUGUCACCCAGAGCCUGGGCUUUUACCUAGGCCAUGUGCAGCCCUACUGCGACCACGACUGGACACUUAGCUUCUCCGGUGAGCCCAGUCCUGGCUCCAGCAUCCGCUAUGUGGAGACCCAGUCCAUGCAGAUCGGCGCCUCCUACAGUAUCCAGUUCUCACUAGUUAUGGGUUGUGGACGUGAGGCCUCCCCGAACAUUGACACUCAGGUCCGCCUGGAAUUCUCCACCAACCAUGGCCUUACCUGGCACUUGGUGAAAGAGGCCUGUCUCCCUGGGAUGCCCAGCUGCCCCGAGUUCACGGCAGCCAGUGUGUACCACCCUUCAGAGUUUGCUGACUGGAGGAGAGUUACCCUGCCACUGCCUCAUAAGACAUGGUCUAGUGCAACACGAUUCCGGUGGAUCCAGAACUAUUACAGUGAACAGGACGAGUGGGCACUAGAUGACAUCUACAUUGGACAGCAGUGUCCAAACAUGUGCUAUGGUCACGGAUGGUGUGACCAUGGACACUGUAGGUGUGAUGAUAGCUUCACAGGCCCAGACUGCCAGCCCUCAUCCCCACUUUCCUCCAGUGUCCUUUCAGACUUUGAGUCUCAGGGAGCACUGCUUACCACCUGGCAGGAGGUGGUUGGUGGAGAGGUGGUGAGCCCUGACCAGGGUUGUGGGGUGAUUUCUUCAGGCUCUUCGCUCUACUUCAGCAAGGGUGGGCUGAGGCAACUGGUGAGCUGGGACCUGGACACGGAGUGGGCAGAGUUUGUGCAGUUCUACCUGCGUGUAGGUGGGGACUGGGUCGAAUGCAACCAUGCUGACAGCCGGGAGGAGGGCGUGCUUCUGCAGUACAGCAACGAUGGGGGCAUCAGUUGGGGUCUCAUUGCCGAGAUGUACUUCACUGACUUCACCAAGCCUCGCUUUGUGCACUACGAGCUGCCACCAGCCUCCAAGACCCCCUGUACACGUUUCCGCUGGUGGCAGCCCCUGCAUUCCGGUGAGGGAUAUGACCAGUGGGCCAUUGAUGAUGUCAUCAUCCUCUCUGAGAGAGAGAAGCAUAUCAUUCCUGUAGCCAGCCCCACCCUACCUCAGAAUUUCUACGAGAAGCCAGCAUUUGACUACCCACUAAACCAGAUGAGCGUGUGGCUGCGCCUAGGCAACGAGGGCAUGGAGAAGGAGAGCAACGGCAGCUUCUGUGCCCUAACACCAUCUGCCAUGGUGUUUGGCCGCUCUGAAGGAGACAGGGUGGCAGUCACCCGGGACCUGGCUCUACGUCCUGGAUACACCCUGCAGUUCAAGCUCAACAUUGGCUGUGAGUCACAGUUUAGCUCCUUGGCACCAGUGCUGCUGCAGUAUUCCCAUGAUGCUGGUCGGACUUGGGCGUUGGUGCAGGAGGCCUGUUAUCCCGGCACACCGGCCGGGAGCGGAUGCGAAGGCAGCGCACGAGAGCUGAGGGAGCCAAGCGUCUACUACACAGGGGACUUUGAGCACUGGACAAGAGUCACUGUGGUAAUGCCUCGCAAUGUGGCUGCCAGCAAGACACGGUUCCGCUGGUUCCAGGAGAGCAGCGUAUACCCAGAUGCCCCUGCAUUUGCCCUCGAUGGGGUGUACAUCUCUGAGCCCUGUCCCAACCACUGCGGGGGCCAUGGUGACUGCAUCUCAGGGGUCUGUUUCUGUGACAUGGGCUUCACAGUGGAGCAGGACAGCUGUGUUCCUGCUGUACCGAGUCCCACAGAGCUGAUUGAGGGGUUCGAGGGCAAGCUGAGCCCCCUCUGGCAGAGUCUGUCCGGGGCUCAGACCGGAGCUGGCUGCGGGACCAUAGCUGAUGGGAAGAGCCUGUACUUCAGCAGCACCGGCAGGAGAGAGGCGCGCACCACCCCCCUGGACACCAGCAACAGCCGCCUAGUUCAGUUCUACAUCCGGAUCGGUGGGAAAAGUAUGGGUUCUAGCUGUACCCGGCCAAGAUCCAGAAACGAAGGUGUGAUUGUCCAGUUCUCCACCAACAAUGGUGUGCAGUGGCACUUCCUCCGAGAACUGGACUUCAGCUCUUUCCUGGAGGCCCAGGUGGUGACCAUCGAGCUGCCCCCUCCAGCCAAGACGGCCCACACUGUAUUCCGCUGGUGGCAGCCACGACAAGUAGGUAAACAUUCUGCCCAGUGGGCUCUUGACGACAUCCUCAUCGGCAUGAACGACAGCUCCAGGACCGGUUUUCAUGACAAGUUUGACGGGCCGUCUCCGGUGCGCCACAACUGGUACCGCGUGCAGGGGGGCGAGGUUGCCGUGGACUGCCUGUCUCUAGACACAGCGCUCGUCUUCGGCUCAGAGUCCAGCGACAAGAAGCCGCGCUAUGCAGAGAGCUGGGACUUUGAGGUUUCGGGCUCCUCCUUCCUCCAGUUCGACCUCAGCAUGGGCUGCAGCAAGGCUGUGUCCGGCUCCAUCUCUCACGGGGUUCGCCUGGAGUACUCUGCUGACGGGGGGCGCCGCUGGGCGUUGGUCACACCCGAGUGCGUGCCCCCGGCCAUCGGCUGCUCCAGCUACACUCAGAGCUCCAUCUACAGCGCUCAGCAGUACACCAGCUGGAGGAGGGUCACCGUCUACCUCCCUAGCGCUGCCAACUCCCCCCGGACACGCUUUCGCUGGAUUCAGCCCCAUUUCACCCCCGGGGCGGAUGGGUGGGCGCUGGACAACGUGCUGCUGACUCCCGGUUGCCCGUGGAUGUGCUCAGGCCACGGCUUGUGCGACGGAGGGCGCUGCGUGUGUGACCGUGGCUAUGGAGGGGCGCACUGUGUCCCUUUGACCCCACUGCCUUCGAUGUUGAAGGAGGACUUCAAUGAGAACCUUCGGGCAGAGGAGUGGCCGGAAGCGUAUGGGGCCGAGCGUGGCACUCUCAGCGGGGAACCCCUCAAAUCGGGCACCGCCCUCAUCUUCAAAGGGGAGGGUCUUCGAAUGCUGGUGUCCCGCGACUUGGACUGCACCAGCGCUCUCUACAUUCAGUUCUCCUUCAAGUUCAUCACCAAGGUUCUCCCGGAGCGCUCCCACUCUGUCCUCCUGCAGUACUCGGUGAAUGGGGGCAUCAGCUGGUUGUUGCUGGACGAGUUCUACUUCCCCACCUCCACGGCCACAUUGUUCCUGCACCUGCACCUCCCUCCCGGCGCUCAGACCAACUCCACACGCUUCCGUCUGUGGCAGCCAUACAAUAACGGUAAGAAGGAGGAAGUGUGGGUGAUUGAUGACCUCAUCAUCGACGGCAGCUCCCAGCACAACCCCCCCAUCCUGUCAGACAGCUUUGAGGGAGGGCCCCUGGAGCAUGGCUGGCUCUUCUACCCGGGGGGCAACACUGGUCUAUACUGCCCCUUCCAAAAGGGGGCGCUGCAGGACGACUCGGCCAUGGUGUUUGUCUCCAGUGAGCCGGGAGAACAUUCCAUAACCACUAGGGACAUCGAUGUCAGCGAGAACACCAUCGUUCAGUUUGAGAUCAACGUGGGCUGCACGACGGACAGCUCGUCUUCCAAUGCUGUGCGCUUGGAAUUCUCAAGGGACUUUGGAGCUACCUGGCACCUGCUGGUCCCACUGUGCUGCGGUGGACCCCAGCCCAGCUCUUUGUGCUCCACCGAACUGCACCCUGGCAGCAUCUACUACCCCGGCACCACUCAUGGCUGGAGGAGGGAGGUCAUUCACUUUGGAAAGCUGCGCCUCUGUGGGUCAGUGCGGUUUCGCUGGUACCAGGGCUUCUACGUAGGUGGCACGCCUCCCCCGACUUGGGCCCUGGACAACGUAUACAUUGGUCCCCAGUGCCGGGACAUGUGCAAUGGGCGAGGGGCAUGUGUAGGGGGCACCCACUGUGCGUGUGACCCGGGAUACUCUGGCCCUACCUGCUCCGUGCCUGACGGCCCCAACCCUGACUUCCUGAAGGAGGACUUUGAAGGGAGCUCUAUAGACAGCGAGCGUUUCACACUGCUCAGUGGUGGCAAACCCUCCCGUAAGUGCGGUAUCAUGACCAGUGGGAACCACCUGUUCUUCAGCGAAGACGGCCUUCGUAUGGUGGUCACCACCGACAUGGAUCUGUCCAAUGCCAGGUUUGUGCAGUUUUUCCUACGACUGGGCUGCGGCAAGGCUCCCCCGGACCCUCGCUCCAAGCCUGUGCUCCUGCAGUUCUCUGUAGACGGAGGCCUGUCCUGGUCACUGCUGCAGGAGUUUCUUUUCAGCAACAACAGCAACCAUGCCCGCUUGGUGGCCCUAGAGAUCCCGCUUCGCGCACGCACCCCGGCUACACGCCUGCGCUGGUGGCAGCCUUCCGAGGAGGGACACUUUCACAGCCCGUGGGUAAUGGACCAGGUGGUGGUGGGGGGCAGUGCCAGUGGGUGGGGCCCCCUGGAGGAUGACUUCUCCUCCAUGGAUGAGCGCUCCUGGUUGCUUCACCCAGGAGGCACCCGCAUGCCAGUGUGUGGUUCUGAGGGCGAGGCCUUUGCCUUCAUCGAAAAGUCCAAUACGCGCUACGCCGUCACCACGGACAUCAGCGUGGGCCAGGAUGCCUUCGUCCAGUUCGACUUCUCGGCCUCCUGCUCCGUCACAAACUCCUGCUAUGCUGUAGAGCUGGAGUACUCCCUGGACCUGGGCCUCUCGUGGCAGCCGCUGGUGAGGGACUGCCUUCCCAGCAGCCCGGACUGCUCCUCCUACACGCUCCAGAGGCUACUGGUCUCAGACGUCUACAACAAAUGGGGGCGUGUCACCGUGCCCAUCCCUCCCUAUGCAAGAUCCCCCGCUACUCGGUUCCGCUGGUACCAGCAGGCCCCCUUUGACAAGCAGCAGACGUGGGCUCUGGACAACUUGUACGUUGGCGACGGCUGCCCAGACAUGUGCUCCGGACACGGCCACUGCCAGCAGAGCACCUGUGUAUGUGACCCAGACUGGGGUGGGGUGUACUGCGACGAGCCGCAAGUCCCGCUGCCCGCUCAGCUCAAAGAUAGCUUCAGCCGCCCGCCGGCCACCAGCAGCUGGCUCCUGUUGACAGGGGGGAAGCUCAGCAGUGUAUGCGGGGCUGUUGCGUCAGGGGACGCGCUGCAUUUCAGUGGGGGCUGCAGUCGUCAGCUUGUCACCGUUGACCUGAACCUGACCAACGCUGAGUUUGUCCAGUUCUACUUCAUGUAUGGCUGCUUGGCACCCCCCAGCAACCGUAACCAGGGAGUGUUGCUGGAGUUCAGCCUCAACGGGGGAGUCACCUGGAACCUGCUAACGGAGAUCUUCUACGACCAGUACAGCAAGCCCGGGUUUGUAAAUGUGCUGCUACCCUCUGCUGCACGGGAGGAGGGAGCGCGCCUCCGAUGGUGGCAGCCGCAACACGACGGAGCCGACCGCAGUGACUGGGCGCUGGACAAUGUGCUCAUUGCUGGUUCUGACCCCCGAGCUCAGAUCUUGGACACUUUUGGCGGGGUUGCUUUGCCAAACCACGAGAGGUCCCCGGCCGACGGAGACCCCAUGGGGCGCGUUGCCCAUCUCACCCAGCUUGAAGAGACCGCCACUGUGAGUGACCACUGGCUCUUCUCCGAAGACUGUCUGGUCCAGCGCUUCUGUGGCUCCUCAGAUGGCGUAAUGGUGUGUGGCAGUGUGGACGGGCGGGAGGUGUACGCUGUCACCCAUGACAUCAUCCCUGACCAUGGCUGGGUCAUGCAGUUCAAGAUGGCUAUGGCCUGCGGAAUGCCAGACCGCCCAGCCGAGAGGCAGGUGCAUGUCCAGUACUCUGUGGAUUUUGGGGUGUCCUGGAAGUACCUGGUUCCCCAGUGUCUGCCAGCUGACCCACAGUGUGGGGGCCAGGUGUCCCAGCCCUCUGUCCUCUUCCCAGCCGAGGGGUGGAAGCGUGUGGUGUACCCACUGCCAGAGAGCCUGAGGGACACAUCCGUGCGGUUCCGAUUCUACCAGCAGCACUCAGAUGCCCAGUGGGCGUUAGAGAACUUCUACAUUGGGCCGGCAUGCGAAGGCCACUGCGGAGGCCAUGGUGACUGCCUGGACCAGCGCUGCCUCUGUGACCCAGGCUUCUCUGGACCCAGCUGUCAUGCCAGUGCUCCGCUAAGGGCUUCCCUGAAGGAACGCUUUGAUUGGGAGGGAUCUCCAGACCCCCAGUGGCAGGUACUGGAGGGCGGUCACCCCUGCACUGACUGCGGGGUGCUGGUGGAAGGAACUGCCCUCUACUUUGGAGGUGCCAACGCAAGGCAGGCUGUCACCGUGGAUCUUGACCUCCGCGGAGCCAAGUUUGUGGAAUACUGGGCGAGGAUCGGCAGUGAAGACAACAUGACCAUGUGUCACAGGCCCACUUGCCGCAAGGAGGGCGUUCUGCUAGACUACUCCACCGACGGAGGCGUGUCCUGGACUCUGCUACAUGAGAUGGACUACUUGAAGUAUGUAUCUGUGCGGAGGGACUACAUAGUGCUGCCAGAGGGAGCGUUGACCAACUCCACUCGCCUUCGCUGGUGGCAACCCUUCGCCAUGUUUUCCGGCCUGGCCACACCCAGCUUGGACCGUGCUCAGUGGGCCUUGGACAACAUCCUGGUGGGGGGCUCCGACAUCAACCCAAGCACCCUUCUGGAUACCUUUGACGAAGAGGGCACAUCUCAUGAAGAGAGCUGGAGCUUUUACCCCAAUGCAGUCCGCACGGCGGGCUUCUGCGGCAACCCAUCCUUCCAUCUCUACUGGCCCAACAAGAACGAGGACGGAACUCAUAACAUCCUGGCAACGCGUGAGCUCAUCGUCCAGCCUGGAUACAUCCUCCAGUUCAAGAUUGUGGUGGGCUGCGAGGCCGAUCGCUGUGAUGACCACCACUCUGUGAUGCUGGAGUACCGGAAGGAUGCCAGGUCGGACUCAUGGCAGCUGGUUCAGUCGGAAUGCCUCCCUUCCUCUGUGAACAAUGUGGGAUGCUCCCCCUUCCAGUUCCACGAGGCUACCACUUAUAGUCCAGUCAACAGCUCGGCUUGGACCAGGGUCACAGUCCAGCUGCCUGACCAUGUCUCCUCUGGUGCGACGCAGUUCCGCUGGAUCCAGAAAGAAGGUGCUGGCGAGCGACAGGGCUGGGGAGUGGAUCAUGUGUAUAUCGGGGAGGCAUGUCCCAGACUCUGCAGCGGACACGGUUACUGCACCAGCGGUGCCGUCUGCAUCUGUGACGAAGGGCAUCACGGUGAUGACUGCUCCCUCACCAGCACUGAAUUACCCAGCUCCAUCAAGGACAACUUUGAGUCUGGCAGUGUGCUGGAGGAGAACUGGCAGCUAAUCCAGGGAGGGGGAGUGGGGAGUGGAUGUGGCCAGCUGUCACCCCACGCCCACGGAGACUCACUCUACUUUGAUGGGUGUAAGAUGCGGCAGGCCAUCACCAAGCCCCUGGACCUCACCAGAGCUAGUAAGAUCAUGUUCGUGCUGCAGAUCGGCAGCGUCUCCCAGACGGACAGCUGUAACGCUGCGCUGGACCGACCUGACACCGUGGACCGGGCAGUCCUCCUGCAGUACAGCGUCAACCACGGAGUCAGCUGGCAUGUUAUCGCCCAACACCAGCCCAAGGACUUCAUCCGAGCCCAGAGAGUGUCCUACAACAUCCCACUGGAGGCCCGGGUGAAGGGGGUGGACCUCCGAUGGUGGCAGCCUCGCCACGGCGGAGCUGGUCACGACCAGUGGGCGCUAGACCACGUUGAAGUUGUCCUAGUCAGCACCCGCAAGCAAAACUAUAUGAUGAACUUUUCACGGCAGACGGGUCUGCGCCACUACUACAGCAGGAAGAGGCGGGCCUUGAGACAGCAUGCCUGAUGGCGCCAGGGGACUUACCCUGCUACCUGCUGACCACACGACACCCCUUCUCCCCUUUGUCCUGAUGACAUACCGCCCCGGCUAGCGCCACCAUCGGAGGAUUUCUAAUCAGCCUUCGACCAUCCCACUCCAGUCAGACACCUCGGAGAUGUGAGCGGCAGCGGCUCGAGGCUUUUCCCCGACAGAUGGUGACGGGAAGGACGGCGCCGCGCAACAGACCAGCCGUUUCGUUUACUUUCCGCGGACUUUCGGGUUUCUGAUCGUUUCUUCAUGAUCGCUGUUUGUGUUAUUACUGUUAAAAUUGCGCUACUGGCCUGGCCUUCACCUUUCAGCCCUCUUUAACCACACUGUGAAGCAUGAAGACAUCGUCGAAGGAGCAGCGUCAGGGUGGAGACGGGGCUCUCCGCUGGCUGGGCUCCAUCUGCGCCGACGACGGCGAAGAAGAUGACGCGAUAAUGAGUAUUGUGUUCUUGCUGUUCUGCGUGUCUGUGGAUUCUUUUUGUGACAAGUUGACUGUGGUACUCCGUUCACUUUGUUUCUUUGUUUGUUGGUUGGUCCGUUUUUUUUUAAACUCUGUAAACGUGUUUUGUUUUUCCUGGUUUAUAAAUGGUUGAACACCCAGCCUUGGGGGAAGAUGGCAGAAAAUAAUCAAAGACAAAAAAAAAAAAAAAACCUUGAGACUGAUUUUUUUUUUUUUAAAUCUGAUUUUUUUUAUAUAUGUUGGUUCCCAAAAAUGCAGAUAUUUAUGGCAAAAUUCUCCAUGUGACAUAUUUAAGAUGCACUGUGUGUGAAGAACCUGUUAUUUUCAGUGUUAAGUUAUUAGACAGCUGGGUCAGAUUCUGACCACCACCCCUCCCUCCUCUUGUGCUGUUACUUCCUGUUCUUAUUUCCAGUUCCUGGAGUUGAGAUUUGCCCUGUCAGUGUUUUGCAGUCUGUAUUAUGAUGCUCCUUCCCCACUGUAUCCCCUCUAUACCAAUCUCCUGUAUAUAUAUAUAUGUAUAUCCACUUUGGGGAAACCCAGCAGCCUUAUCCAAGGGAAAUAAAGUACGGUUCAGACCUCCAUUCAC